CUAUUGAAAGCCCGAUCUACAUUUUUCUCAUAUAAACACACACACACACACACACAACAACAACGCUAGAUACCAUGGACGGGCAUCAAAAGAGGAUACUGGACCAAUACCAGGUAGAUAAACACUUUUUUUUUCUGGAAGAAAUAAUAAGCUAAACUCCCAUUUAGUCAGUGACGCAUUCAGAGGACAUGGACGAAUCCAUUCGCAUUCUUGCUCAGAAUAAUUGGAAUUUAGAGGCAGCAGUGCAGAACAGAUAUACACCAACAGAUCGACAUGCUACCACGAUAUACGAAGAAGAGGAUGCGGAUUCACCUUCCUCCAGUUCCGCAUUAUUAGGCCACACACCGAACCGACCUACCAAUCAUCAUCGCAUCAGUUCAUUCUUUAUGUGGCCUUUUAACCUUGCCUGGAAAUUCUCUUGGCGUCUAUUCCAACUCACGGCUCGUUUAUUAUACAGACCUUCAAUUACAGCUCCACGUCGUGAUGCACGAUCCGAAGCAGACCGUUUUUUACGAGACUUUGAAUCCACCUAUGGCACCACUCACCCGGAUUUUUUUGAGGGAGGAUAUACACAAGCUUUAAAUGUGGCUAAACGUGAUUUGGUCUUUCUCUUAGUAUUCUUAUCCAGUGAAGAACAUGAUGAUCAUGAUGCCUUUUGUCGUACCACCUUGACGAACCCACAACUCAUUGAUUUUUUGCGUCAACAUCAUAUUCUUCUCUGGGGUGGUAAUGUACGCUACACCGAAGCAUUUCAGGUUAGUAACACAUUACAAGCCACCACCUACCCUUUUUUGGCCAUCAUUGCUCUACACACAUCCUCAGGUACAACCACACAAAAGAUGGCCGUGCUGGAUCGUCUGGAAGGUCCUGUCACACCUGCUGCCGUUAUACGUCGAUUGGAAACCGCCAUGGCACGUACGGAUCUAUCACAGUUAAGAAGAGAACGCGACCAACGAGAAACAGAGCGAAGAUUAAGAGAGGAACAGGAUCAUGCAUAUCAAGCAAGUUUAUUAGCGGAUCGAGAAAAGGAACGCAAAUUGAAAUGGGAGCGAGAAAGAGAGAGAUUAGCAGAGUUGGAACGUCAACGACAAGCACAAGCGAAACAGCAAUACAUUCGUUACUUGUGCCAAAAGUUGAAAAACCAUCACGAAGAAGAGGAAGGAAAGAUGGCUAAAAUUAGUUUUCGGUUGGCUAAUGGGGAGCGUGUCAUUCAUAAAUUUAAGGGUUCGGAUAGUUUAGAGAGCUUGUAUGAGUUUAUUGAGGCCUACCCGUAUUUAAAGGAGAAUGGAGUGGUACAGGAGGAGGAAGAACCACCAGAGAAUUAUACACAUCGAUUUGGGUUUACCAUUCAUUCCUCAUUUCCCAAGACUGUUUAUCCACCAGACCCAAAUACUAAAAUUGAAGAUCAGAAAGGAUUAUGGCCUAGUGCCACAUUAAUUGUAGAUAUCACAGAUGAAGAAGAUGAAGAGGAGGAGGAAUAAAGAACAUAAUAGGGUUUUUUUUUUGUUUGUUUUGUUUUUAUACAUAAAGAGUAUUAUUAACUAGUUUAUAAAAGGGGGAGGUAUCACAUGGGUUCG